CGCCUUAUGUUGCCAUGGAAACAAGCACAGUGAGGCGGAGCUGUGCUGCUGUUUAUGCUAUGCAUUAGCACACAAGCUAACCUGACCAAAAACGUUCACUGCAAACUAUUUUAAAAGUAUUUAUCAACUGCGUUCAUGUGUUUUUAUUGUGUAGUUUGUAUUUAAUUCAUUUCCGGAUAACAUUUGUCCCCAAAGCACCAAAGAACAGUCGGCAAACAGCUGAAGAUAUCGUGCCACACACGCGAGGAUGACAGCUAUUGCAGUAUCCUGUUGUUCAGCAUCUGCCCCAUAACAAUGCAAGAAGCUGUGGAUUUAGAUGCCCAGCUGGCCCGUAAAGAAAGAGAAUGGAAAGAACUGCAGGCUUUGCGGAUCCAACAACUGGAGACGGCUCUUAAGGAAGCCACAUCAGAGCUCUUGGUCCAGAAAGAGCGUUUCCUCCGUUUGCGGGAUGACUUCCAGUACAACCUACAUGUGUUGGAGGAACGGGAUAAAGAGCUGGAACGUUACGAUGCCUCAGCGGCCCGUUUUCAGACCGAGGACAGUGCCAGACGGGAAGAGGUCAGUGAGCUGAGGAUUGAGAUAGCAAAACUCCAGGAUGUUCUGGAGGAACAAAAAAGGAUGAAAGAUGACUUGGAACUGCAGUACCAGAAGAGGGGAGUCGAGCACAAACUCAAACUGGAGAAGGUGCAGAGCACGAUGGGAAGCGAGAUUGAGAAACUGAGGGAGGAGAAUGAAACAUUGAGACGGGAUCUCCAGAGACGUAUUCGAGAAUCUGAUGGGGAGCUGACACUGCAGAAACAGGAAAUGAUGUCAGAUUUUGACAAUGAAAUGAGAAAACGAGAACACGAGUUUAAUCUGAAACUGGAUGAGAUGAACAGCGUUGUUCUUUCCCACGAGCUUCAAGAAAAGCUUUUGGGCAAAGAGCUGGAGGUCCAUGCCAAAGCUCACAGUCAGGCCACUGAAGCCCUGCAGGCUUGUGAGGAACUUUACCAGCAGGCUCAAAAAGAGAUUCAGCGUAAAGAUUGGGAGCUAAGGAACACUACUGCGAUGAAAGACUCCAGGAUAAAAGAGCUAGAGGACAAACUACAACAAAUGGAGAAAAUAUAUAAAAAAGACCAGAGGGCCUACAACAGGAAGCAUGCAGAGCUGGAACGGAGGUCUCGAGAGAGUAAAGAUGCCCUGAAUCUCAUGAGAGAGACUCACGUCAGGGAUUUCCAGGAAGAAAAGGGCAGGACAUCAGAACUACAGGCUCAACUGGACAGGAUGAUCCUGGAGCACGAGAGGAGAGAAAAAAGCCAUGCUGAUGACCUUCAACACAAAGAGCAGCAGAUACAGGAGCUCAGAACACAGCUGGAAACAACCCGAUCUGGCUGGGAUGCUUACAUCACUCAGGUCUCCAAAGAAAUAGUUGCCAAGGAUACAGAGCUGCUUUCUGGAGGGGAGAGAGAGGCCAAAUUGAAAUCAGAGUUACAAAAGUGUAAGGAGGACGUCGAAAGGUAUAAGCAGCAGGUGACCAGUGGUCUGCAAAGGGAACAGGCACUGGAGCAGAAGAGGGUUCAGAUGGAGUUAGAUUGGGAGCGACGUUGUGAGGAGGAGCGUUCUGAACAUUAUCUUAAGAGUGAGGAUCUUAUCCGAAGCCUGACCCAGUCUAGAGACAAGGUAACUGCUGAGUUAAGAGAGAAGGAACGAGAGUUGCAGGAGGCAGUGGCGUUGCUAAAAAGUGUCACGAUAGAAAGAGAUCAGGCACUGCAUGGUAUCAAAUCAGCACCAACUGGAACUCAGCAUGACAGCAGUAGUUUCCCUUCAGAGGAGAUCAGAAGACUCCAGCAGCAGAACAACAGCCUUAAAGCUGUGGUGGCUGAAAUGAGGAAAGAGAUGGAGAACCUGUGUAAGCAAAUGACAACAGACAAGAGCCAGGCCCCAACCAGGAUCAUAAAUCCAGAACCCAGCACUGCAGAUUACAGUAAGGCUCUGGAGAAAGAGGUCAUGGAGCUCAAGGCCAGGUGUCGUGUUCUUGAGGAGCAGUUGGAGGAGUCCUCCAAGACCGGCAAUAUUUCCAACACUCCUGGCUUUCCUUUCCCUGUUUCUCCUGACAAUGCCUACAUCCAAAACCACAUCAGAUCCCUCAACGAGACCAUAGGUGGGCUGCGAGCAGAGAAAGUGGCCACUGCUGCUGCAUUGAAGAAACAGGACGUGAGACUGGCCCAUUUAGAGUCUGCUGUGGAACAGCUCACUCGACAGUGUCACUCAAAACACAUGGAAAACGAGGGGUUACGUUUGGACCUGGCCAAUCAGAAGAGGGCAGCAGUAGCUGAAGAGGCAAGUCUAAAGCAAAAAUUGGCAACUACUGAGCUGGAGUUACAGGAAGUGAGACAGGAGGCUGAAGAGUAUCAGAAAGGCAGUUUGCUGCACAACCUGGAGACUGUGGCCCUGGGUAACCAGGUAUCAGCACUCAAGGUUGACCUUGCAAGCAGGAGAGAGCCUGUUGUUCUUAACCAGAGUGAGAUAGUGAAGCAGCUCCAGGAGGAGAAUCUGUCCCUGAGACAACAGCUGCUGUUAGGAGGAUCACCCAGAGGGGGCGCUGCGGGUGACGUCGCAACGCUUCGUUCAAAGCUUAAACAGGCUGCACGCUUGAUCUCCGGCCUCAGUCAAGACAAACGACAGCUCAUUGAAAUGGGCAACAGGCUUCGAGCACAGCUGAUAGACGCUGGAGUCAAGGUUCCCCGGGAUGCAAAGAUCAUAACCAAACCAAGCAAUGAUACAGAGCACAGUCUGGUGGAAAAAGACACCUGCCAGUCUGAGCAUGGGGUCCAGUCAAAGAGUCGCUUAUCUACUCUGGAACAGCUACAGUAUCAGUUAACCAAUCAGGAACUACAAUAUGCUCAAAGAGAUCAGAAUAAGGAAAAGCCUAUUGUUGUUCAUACCCGGUCCUCUGACAGCGAGAACUCAGACAAACGCAAAACCACCAACCCAUGGGAUCCACCAGCUAGAGACAAGUUUGUGGAUAUUAAAGAAAAUACACCUCCGCAACAAAACCGGUCUGAAGCGCCUGUACCCGUGCCCGGGUCACUCCAUACGCUGAUGUCGUCUUUGAGCACGGAUGAGUCUCUACAGGAGGUGUGGAAGAUGUUAGAUCGAGGUUUGAGUUCCUCUGCACUUUCUCAGAGUGACAGUGAAGGCAAAGGGAAAGUGGAUACAGAAGUCAAAGUGCAAGAUAAUACCAGUCAGCCUCCUACUGCACUGGUCAAUGUGGAAGGCAAGAAAGCAUCCUUUCAGGAAAGAAAGAAACAAAGUCGAACAUUUGCACCUGUACGAAAGCCACAUCCUGCUGGACAUUCGGGCAAGAUUCGAAAUUACAACAUCAAAGACUGAAAAUAAAAAUUUUGGGGGCCAUCUCGUUUGAAGGAAUAUACUGUUUCUAGUGCUGUAUUUUAUUUGCUUUUUGCAUUAUGCUUUUUGUUACAAUUUGUAAAUGUUUUAUUAAAUUAUUGUAUGAUUUUAUACAACAGAUAUGUGAAUCAGCAGUUAUUUGU